AUGGGUACCCAGUCGUCGCGGGAGAAGCCUAAGCGGCGACAGGGUGCACAGGAGGUGUUUGCUGGCGAGAAAGGCAACGACGGUGGACGACGGAAGAAGGGCAAGGGCAGCAAGGGCGAGAGAGCGGGCAGAGUUGCAGGCGUUGGUGCGGGGAACGGCGAGACUGUCGAAGUGCCGGAUGGCUCGGUGGUCAACUUGGCCGGGUGCUCGCUGGAGGAGGUGCCCAUGAGCCUGGUGGUGGCGAGGUGCCACGGCUCGACCGCCAACUUGCAUGUUCUCGUUCUCUCCGACAACAACAUCACCGCCGUGCCCGAGUCGGUGGUCGGCCUGUGCAACUUGACCUUUCUCUCGCUUGCCAACAACGCGUUGACUUUUGUGCCGGCGUGCAUCAGCGAGCUUGUCUCGCUUGUUGAGCUCGAUCUGAGUGGCAACGCCCUCACCGCUCUGCCCGACGGCCUCGACCUGUCGCGGUGUAGCAACCUGGCACAUCUCUCGCUGGCCGACAACGCGCUCUCCUCGUUUGACGUUCGGCUACCGCAAACCUCGCUGGCUCGUCUUGAUCUCUCUCACAAUGCGAUCGAGGCCCUGCCUGAGAACGCGCUGAGCUCGACGUCAGCGCUCCUGGAUCUCAACCUGGCCCACAACUCGCUCGACGUGUUGAGCUCAUCAGUUGGGCGGAGUACGUCGCUGCUCAUUCUCGACCUCUCGCACAACGCGCUCAAAAGCGUGCCUGCGAGCCUGUACUCGCUCCGUGCCCUGGAGCAGCUCUUUCUUGCCCACAACGAGCUUGCAAGCUUGCCGUCGCCCGGAGUGGCGGUGGCGUCAUCGGGCUCGGUCUUUCCAGCACUAGCGGUCUUUGAUGCCUCGCACAACAAGCUGACCAAGGGCACAGGGUUGGAAUGGAUUGCCAAGCUGCCCGCGCUCCGGACGGUGCGGCUCAACGACAACGCGGUUGCCGACUUUCCGCCGGCGCUCGCCGACCUUGCGAAGCGGCUGUGGUCUUGCGAUCUGACCAAGCAGCGGUCGAGCGUGCCGCGGCGGACGUCGACCUUCUCAGCGCUUGCAGCCAGUGACGCCCAGGAGGCUACGGCUGCGGCGUCGUCGCGCAAGACGAGCAAAGGCGACAGCUCGAUUAAGGCCAUGGACAAGCUGCUCAAGAAGCUGGACAAGGCGUUCCAAAAGGCCGAAGAGCGGACCAAGAAAGGGCUCGGCAAGCUGGGCUCGCUCAUGGCGUCGACCCGGUCUGCACUGGAGGCCGCUAACGAUGUAGGCCGCGUCCACUUUGUCAACGGCGGCGGCAUGGUCAUGCUUGUCUCGCUACUGCUGUAUGUGCGCGAUGCCGACGACGACGGCGAAAAGGGCGCUCGCGAGGCACACGAGGCCCUGAUGUGGGCGGUCUACGCUGCCCUGCGCUCGCCGGUCGGUCUGCGUGCACUCACAACCAUCCACCUUCCCGCAUACAUCAUGCCCGAAUUCCGUGAGCAGGCAGCCAAGUCGGCCACCCUUCCACCCAAGCGGCGUGGCACGCUCCUUCCAGACGGAACCAUCAAGCUUGAUGCGCGGAGGCACAAGCGGUCGCCGGCGUCGGCCACGCUCCAGCGCGUCCUUACGCAUCUGCUGAUGUCGAUGCAGUUUGAGUCGAUGGCUAUUCGCGAGGUCCUGCUCCGGGUGGUGUACGCCGUGCUCGACGCUCAGCUCACACCGCAUGCCUCGUCGGUGGUUGUGCUUGUCUUUUCGGCCACGACCGCCGUUCGUGGGCUGCCGCUCUCUGCGCGCUUCAAGCCGCUAGUCUCUUCGCUUCUCUGUCGCGAGUCGAUUGCACUGCAGCAAGUGUCGAUGGAACUCAUCAACAAGCUUGUCAACUCGCCGACCAAGCUCCGCAAGCGGAUCGCCAUGCGCUCCGAGUUUACCGCGCUGGGGCUCAAUGCCAUCAUGGAAUUCCUCCUUGCGUGUGACGUCGAGGCCAUCACGCAAGUUAUUCUCGCCUUUGAGGACGACCGCGCCGCUGACGAGGAGGAGACUGCGGCAGCAUCGCGGGCUCGGGCGGGGUCGUCGACCAACCGAAUUGGCUACGGCUCGGAUGUCGAUGACAACGACGGCCCAACGCCGCAGUAUGUCGACCGUGGUGCGGUGUCGCCGGUCAAGGCUCCGCCUAGGAGCGCGGCGUCCAGCUCGAAGCCUCCUGCCCGCAAGCUGCUGGCCCGGGCCAAGUCGUCGAGCUCGGGUUCGAGCUCAGACUCGAACACGUCGGACGGCUCGGGCACGCUCUCAUCGAGCUCGUCGUACUAUUCAUCGUACUACUCGGGCUCGACGUCGCAGGGCGAGUUUAUGUCGUUCUCGACCUCGAUCAAGCCUGUCAACAUCACGGUUGACGCUGCUGAUACAUCUGGAGGUGACGAUGAUGCUGGCGAACUCGCAGCUCCACCUGAGAGCAAGGCAUCCGCUAGUGGCGCGGAGAGCAACAAGGCUCCUUUGCCGUUCCGUCGGCCGCGGACGUCGUCGUCGACGAUGGCCGGGUCGUCAGCGUCGUUACGGCGGCGGCGGCCGCUGCCGCCACUGCCCAAGCGGACAAUGGCGCUCUCGUCAGGUACCAUUGAUCGCAAGCGGGCGGGCUCGACGCUGCGGCAACGGACACUCUCGCGGGCCAAGGCGUCGGCGAACAACCGGCGAUCGAUGGCCAGCGUCGACAACGACCCGUCGCUAGCCGAGGUCCUCAUUGCCAUCGAGUCUGCGACCGGGACCGAGGUGCCUGUGCCGGACGUGUCUGGAGCGCCCGGCGAGCCGAGCGCAACCGAUGUACUUCGGGCACGGACGGGGACGACCGGCUCGGGACGGGCGUUGCCAAGUGCGGCGCGCGGUGACGGAACCGAGCCGCUUGUCACCGUCGAAGUCGCCAUCCACCACCGACUCUUGCGGAUGUCUGCCUUUAUUGGCGAGGCAACGGUGGUCCAGAUUUCUGCCGACUCUGCGACGACGGGGCUAGACCUUGUGGCGGCUCUGCUUGAGCUCAACCCGCUGUUUGAUACCUCGUUCUCUGCCCGUGACUACGGGCUUGUUCUUGCGUCAUGGGACCACUUUCAGCGGUUUGAUCACAACCCCGCAGAGUAUCCACUCAUUUCGCUGGAUGCACCCAUCCUAGAGUUGAUGACUGAGCGGCGCACAAGCCUGGCCGCCGCAAGCGAGAACAGGCGGUGGCGGCGGCGGCGGCGGCGGGCCAGGCGACGGGCGAAGAAGAAGGCCAAACAGUAUGGCGAGUCCAACUUUCUGGAGGUCGACGCAUCCGACUCGCGGUCCGUCUCGCUCUCCGAGGUCGAAGGCGAGGAGGAGUCCUUGAUGGUCCACCUCAAGCUCGCGCCAUGGGAGUUUUCGGUCAAGUGCUCGGAGAUUCCGCAACUGGUGGGCGACUACCUGGUGGAUCCAUCCGAGUUUUGCGGCGACAUCACGCGGUACAUCUUGCGGUCCUCGCAGUACGUGUUGGAGCCACUGGGCAAGAGCCCAACCGACUUGGAGGACCGGUACUCGCUUCACUUUGUUCCGCAUGCCGACAAGGACGGAAGCUCAGACGUGGAGAUCCUCCUCAAGGACGAAAAUGUGCUCAAGGACUAUCCGCAGCUGAUGACACUGGCGCAGUACGGUGAGCUUACGCUCCGGGCGCAGCCCAUCAAGCUGCGGCUGGAGGUCGGCGGCGCUGGAGCGACCGAGGUCAACGUUGAGGUCGAGGCCGACGCCACGUUUGGCGACGUGGUGACCAAGGUUGGGCACAUGUUUGGACUGGCUGCUGCCGACGAGUACGGUGUGUUUGUAGUGAUAGAUGGCUUUGAGUCGGGCCCCGACGAGCUCGAGACCGAGGGCAUGUGGAUGGAGACCGCGGCCAAGGUCCGCGAGUUUCGGUCUGUGCUCCAGUCGAGCCGAGUCCAGUUCAAAAAGGCGCCGCAGCGGCUGCUGGUCUCCCACGGGAGCGACGAGCGCGAACUCGUUGUCUCGCUCAACGUCUCGCUCUCGAUCCUGCUCCCGGUCCUUUGCGCCAAGAUGGGGCUGGAUCCGGAGGGCUUCUUUGUGCUCCGCAAGGGUGUCUCGACGCCUGUCCCACUCUCGGGCGAAAUCACGCUUGCCGAGGCCGGAGUGAGUGUAGGCUCUGCGAUUGCGCUCAAGAAGCGCGACGACGGCACGAUUCCGCUGGCGCGACAGGUGUACACCUCGAUCUGGGAUGAUUCGGCGCCUGGGAACGGCGAGGCCGAGGUUGUGCGCGACGGAGCACUGGUGGCAGCGCGGCUCAACGCGCUGGUUGAGCGUCUGACUAACAUCGAGAAGCUGGACCUGCUUUUCAUGGAGAUCUUCCUGUUCACCCACUCACAGUUUGUGAGCUCGACCGAGGUGGUGGGCAAACUCGGCGAGCGGUAUGCUGUUCCGCAGGAUCCGUCGCUCGGCGAGGCCGAGUUUCGAGCCAACAUCCAGGUUCCACUCCAGCUUGUGGUCAUCUCUGUCAUCAAGGAGUGGCUGGGCUCGCACUGGGACGCUGGCGAUGGCGAGGCUGGAGCGGCGCUGCGAGAGUUUAUCGCCCGCAUUGCUGACGACGGCUACGCCAAGCAGGCGGCGGCAAUCGAGGCGCUACUGGUGACGGCGGAGGAAGGUCUAGUGCGACCGCCGGUGCUCCGGCUGACGGUGGCGGAUGCGUCAGGCGAGCAUUUGUUUGGACGCGAAGUGGAUACUUUGCGGUGGCGGGCAGAAGCUGCGCCGUACUCGCGAGUUCCAUCGCUCCUUGUCUUUGCGUCGGACCUCCAGCUGCUGGAUCUUGACGAGGUGGAAAUGGCACGGCAGAUCACGCUGCGCGACUUUACGGUGUACUCGAUGAUCGAGCCGGCCGAGUUUCUGGGGCUCAAGUGGACCAAGGCAAAACACGCGGCCAAAGCGCGGAAUCUGCUCAACUUUAUCGAGCGGUUCAACAUUGUGUCCAACUGGGUGACGGCUGAGAUUGUGUCUGAGCCGUCGCUGCGGCUGCGAUCCAAGGUGAUGACGUACAUGAUCAAGCUCGGGAGUGCGUUUGCAGAGAUGGGCAACUACUCGGGGGUGAUGGCAGUUAUUGUCGGGCUCAACAAUGCGGCGGUCUCGCGACUCAAGUUUACCAAGGUCAAGGUGCCGCGGCGGUUCAAGAAGCAGCUCGCGGGUCUCGAGUCGCUGAUGGACAUGUCGGGCUCGUUCAAGACGUACCGAGCCAAGCUUGCGGCGGCGGCGCAGGCGGUGCCGUACGUGGGCGUUUUUCUCACGGAUCUCGUGUUUGUGGAGGAUGGCAACCCGGACUACGUCGAGGGCGAGGGCGGGGUGUCGAUGGUCAACGUGGAAAAGGUGGUCAUGGUCCAUCGCAUCGUCUCGCAGAUUGUGCACUUUCGCGAGCGGCCGUACAACUUUCACAUUGUUGAGGCCGUGCAGGCGUACUUGGACCGCGGCGAGGGCCUGGUCGAUGAGUCUGAGCUGUUUCGGCGGUCGCUUGCGGUUGAGCCGCGGGGUAAGGAGCGCGACGAGCUGGUGCCGUGAGAGAAUGUGGAGAGAACAAGCCGUUCGCGAGCUCGGCUUCGUCGUUGACCUGGAGCGACGGGUUGCAGCAGGAAGAAGUGACAGCGACUGGCGAUCGCGACUACUUGCGGUAGAUCUGGCGCUUGUAGCGAAAGUUGAGCUUAAAGACGCCGCGCUCAAAGG